CUUAAUCAUGUAGAAAUCAGAUAAACAUUUUAAAAAAUUAAGGCAUCUUCUAGAGCAUAAUUUAUAGUUCAGAAUCUUGGGAAAUGAUUGAAAAACCCUAAUCCAACAUCAACUUCUUUUCCUGGUUUUCAUUUGCACCAGUAAUACGGGUUUGACUAAGGUUCCGGCCUAAAUAUAGGUCACUGGGUUACCUCUAGGAUUAAAAUCUAAGAUGCACCAUCUCAGUUAUUUCAGGCUGGCCAUUAAAGGGCUCCUAAAGGUUCCAUUUCAUUUGGUUAAGUUAUCCAACGUUACGUUUGAUCGAGUUAUGGUAAAAUAUUUAUAUGGGGGGGGUGUCUAACCCAGGGACAGCUUUCAACGAAAACGCAUCCAGGGAUGCGUCUUCAACCCCAACUGUUCGACACAAACAACUGGAAAAUGCCCCAGCCUUUACCGUAAGAAGCUCAUGGUAUAUUUAAUACAUUUUUUUUUUUCUCAAAGCAAGGACAUUCUUAAGUGCCCUGUAGUAGAAGUCUGGCUUGUCCUGAAUUUCAAGAACAAAAGAUGCGUUCGCGAGCAGAGAGCAGGGGAUUUAGCUCCCUGCCUCCCCCGCCCCCGCCAGUAAAUCAAAUCCAGGAAUGAAAGUGCCUGCAGACAGCCUCGCUUCUUUUCUUCCCUCCAGGGCUAGCGUGUGGGGAAGGCAAUGCUGCGGCUGCUCUCCGGUGGGUCAGUGUCCCGGGAGGAAGAAAGGCCCAGCCAAGGGUCCUCACAGCUGGCAGGGAAUUCGGCCCGGUCGACCCCCCAGGGGAAGACUUCUUCUCAAGCAGGGGAGAGAGAAGAGACGGCGCCCCAAAGCGGGGCAACCUGUCCUUCUGCGUCGCCCGAGGAGAAGGGCGGAGGAAAUGAAAACACAACCGGACCCAGCGCCCCAGCUCCCGCCCGAGCGGCUUUUAAACUGCGUAUCCACCACCUCUCGCUCGGCGCCGCGGUUAAUGGAACCCGCGCGAGCCGGCCCGCCAAUCACCGUCGCGCUUCCUCCCACCGCCCGCCAAUGGUGGCGCGCGGUCUUGGGGCGUGGGCGAAGCAGGCUGCUCGCCUCCUGCCUGUAGUGUGUGGGCUGGGGUUGGUGACGGCUUCCAGCUUGGCCGCACUUGGUCCGUAGUUGCGCUCCUGGGGCUUUGUGUCGGGGGUCGGCUCGGCUUUGUGUCCGCGAGUUUCCGCUCUGCUCGGCGGCGUCCGUCCCCAGCGGGAGCCGAGAGGCUCGGAGGCGGCCGCGCGGCCCCCGGCCAGGAGCGAGCGCGCCGGCGUGAGCGGCGGCUGGGAGGGCUGCGGGGAAGGGGAUUCGCAGAUCCCCCGCGAUGCCGGAGUUCCUGGAAGACCCCUCGGUCCUGACGAAAGACAAGUUGAAGAGUGAGUUGGUCGCCAACAAUGUGACGCUCCCGGCCGGGGAGCAGCGCAAAGACGUGUACGUACAGCUCUACCUGCAGCACCUCACCGCGCGCAACCGGCCGCCGCUCGCCGCGGGCGCCAACAGCAAGGGGCCCCCGGACUUCUCCAGCGACGAGGAGCGCGAGCCCACCCCGGUCCUCGGCUCCGGGGCCGCCGCCGCGGGCCGCAGCCGGGCCGCCGUCGGCAGGAAAGCCACAAAGAAAACUGAUAAACCCAGAUUAGAAGAUAAAGAUGAUCUAGAUGUGACAGAGCUCACUAAUGAGGAUCUUUUGGAUCAACUUGUGAAAUAUGGAGUGAAUCCUGGUCCUAUUGUAGGAACAACCAGGAAGCUAUAUGAGAAAAAGCUGUUGAAACUUAGGGAACAAGGAACAGAAUCAAGAUCUUCUACUCCUCUGCCAGCAAUUUCUUCAUCUGCAGAAAACACAAGGCAGAAUGGAAGUAAUGAUUCUGACAGAUAUAGUGACAACGAAGAAGGAAAGAAGAAAGAACACAAGAAAGUGAAGUCCACUAGGGAUUUUGUUCCUUUUUCUGAACUUCCAACUACUCCCUCUGGUGGAUUUUUUCAGGGUAUCUCUUUUCCUGAAAUCUCUACCUGUCCUCCUUUGGGCAGUACUGAACUACAGGCAGCUAAGAAAACACAUACUUCUGAGGGAGACCCACGUAGGGGGCCUCUUAUUGCCACAGACUUGCCUGGCAGGGGACAGUUGCAGAAUGUAGUCUCUGGAGGGAAUUUGCUUCUUUCCUCCAAGUCUAGCCAUGAUAGGUGUUUAGAGAAAAGCUCUUCGUCAUCUUCUCAGCAUGAACUCACUGGCAUGUUGGUCUCCACUGCAGCUUCUCCUUCACUGAUUAAAGAAACCACCACUACUUGCUAUAAAGAGAUGGUAGAAAAUAUUUACGGUGGAGAGAAAAGUGGAAUUCAACCAUUAUAUCCUGAGAGGUCCCAUAUUUCAUAUCAGUCAAUUCUCUCCAGUGAAAGGAAAGCACAGGAAGAGCCUGAGAGAUCACAGCUAAUUUCUCCACCACUUGCUCAGGCAAUCAGAGAUUAUGUCAAUUCUCUUUUGGUCCAGGGUGGGGUAGGUAGUUUGCCUGGGACUUCUAACUCUGCACCCCCACUGGAUAUAGAAAACAUAUGCAAGAGAAUUGAUCAAUCUAAGUUUGGAGAAAUUGAAUCCCUGUCUCCUCCAAGAAAAUUUCGUAGACUCAGUGAAAAAGCAGAGGUAAGGGAUUCAGGUUCCUUUGUGACAUUCCAGAAUAUACCUGAAUCUGAACUGAUGUCUUUUGCCAAAAGUGUUGUCUCUCAUUCACUCACUACCUUAGGCAUAGAAAUGUCUAAGGAAUUACAGCAUGAUAAAAUAAAUGCCUCAGAACCGUCUUUUCCCUUACAUGAAUCUAUUUUAAAAGUAAUUGAAGAGGAGUGGCAGCAGAUUGACAGGCAGCUGCCUUCAUUGGCAUGCAAGUAUCCGAUUUCUUCUGGAGAGGCAACACGGAUAUUAUCAGUUCCAAAAGUAGAUGAUGAAAUCCUAGGGUUUAUUUCUGAAGCCACUCCACCAGCAAGUAUUCAGGCAGCCUCCACUGAGUCUUGUGAUAAACAGUUGGACUUGGCACUCUGUAGAGCAUAUGAAGCUGCAGCAUCAGCAUUGCAUAUUGCAACCCAUACCGCCUUUGUAGCUAAGGCUAUGCAGGCAGACAUUAGUCAGGCUGCACAAAUUCUUAGCUCAGAUCCUAGUCGUAUGCAACAGGCACUUGGAAUUUUGAGCAAAACAUAUGAUGCAGCCUCAUAUAUUUGUGAAGCUGCAUUUGAUGAAGUGAAGAUUUCUGCCCAUACUAUGGGAAAUUCCACUGUAGGUCGCCGACAUCUUUGGCUGAAAGAUUGCAAACUUAAUUCAGCUUCUAAGAAUAAGCUGGCUGUUACAUCCUUUAAAGGUGGAACGUUAUUUGGAGGAGAAGUGUAUAAAGUAAUUAAAAAGCGUGGAAAUAAACACCAAUAAAGUUAAGAACAAAGACAUCUAUCUUACCUUUCAUAUGGGAAACUUAAUUAAGAACUUUUUAGGGACUUUGCCUGAGCCCCAGCCUGAAACAUAAAGCCCAGAAGCACUUAGCCUGGCUGGGUGAGUGAUAAGGGAAAAAUUUUUUUUCUAGAAAUUUCAGAUACUUUUAUGCCAAAACUUAUUUUUCUGUUAAGGUCUUUUUAGUCUCUAGAUUAGGCUAAUUUCAAAAUGUUAAGCUUCUACCCAUCAAAUUACUGUAUAAAAGUAAUUUUUUUUUUUUUUUUUUUUUUUAAGAUUUUCACAGAUAACCUGGUACUCUACGUCUCUAAGUACUUGGUUAUUUUCUGUUUUACUUGUACUUUUAUAACUCCUCAAAACGAGGGAAAUUCCAUAACUAGACUAUAAGUAGAGUCUUUGUUUUUUAAUAGCAUGGUAUCUGUUCUCCUUUAUAUCUAGGAUAGAAUUAUACACGUUUUACAAAUUCAGAACAAUGAUUUUGUUCUUUCUGAUACUUCCACCUAAGUGUCUUUUCACGUUCUAGAACUUGUCCAAAUUUUGCUGUUAUUUUCUUUCUUUUGUUUAUUAGUUUUGCCACAUCAUUCAUAAUAUUCUAGACCAGUACAGUUCACAGAGCGAGUCCACAAAUUGUUACCGACUCAGAGACAAGAUAAGCAAACAAGAAUUUAUAUCUAGUGAUGCUUUUUAGAUCAAUGACGGGAUUUAUUUUUUAGUGAAAUUUCAGCAAUAGCAGUAGCAGUGUAAUGUAUUAGUUUAUAUUCUGAUGCAAGUCAUACAUGUCUUCAUGUUCUGGUAUCAUACAGUCAUGAACCAGUACUAAUCCAUGAGAAAUGCUAUCGGAGGUAUAGAUAUUCUGGGAUAGUGCAUACUCACCACAACUAUUUUGUCAUAUGAACUUGAUACUAGAAAAAUGAGGCCUUUUUAAAAUAAUGCUUUUCUUUCAAGUUAUGUUGUAUUUCAAUGAGUGAUUAGGCUUAAUCUAGACUAUAAAGCAAAUUUAAAUUAUUUUUUUAAAAAACCAUAAGAAAUUAUAUCCUAGUAUCUAUAUGUCUGUAUAAAGCAGUUUAAUGUUCUCUUUUCAUUUCUAUGAAUGUAAGAUAAGAAAGCACUAUAGAGGCAUUGUGGAAAAUAGUAGUGUUAAAUAUAACAACAUACGGUCCCUUGCAUACUUCUCUAGCCUAAUAUUACCAUAUUCUUAGAAUAUAAAUGUCCAUCUUUGCAACUUUCUGGGAGUAAUUUUGUUAUUUGUCUUCUGAAAUGUACAUGUAUACAUGUACCUACUAAGUGCUAUGUGAUUUUUUAAAAAUGUAUUAUUGUAGAAUGCUUCUGCAAAUUCAAUAAAGUUGUUAAAUUUGAA